GAACAACAGCGAUAGUCAUUUCUUUUCUAAUCUAGAGCCAUGGUGUUUUAUGAGUGCGUUCUCUCAACGAAACAUACCACCCGUAAGUAAAGGAAGAGAUGCUUGUCUGGCAAUCGUUCUUACUGCUGCUUUCACGGGGAUGCAAUAGAUUUUUCGAUGAGCGAAAUAAUGCAUUCGAUUACAACCGACGAUGGUUACGAAUCGCCCGUAAAUUUCUGCACAWUCCUAUUAUGAUGCCUUCGUUACUGUUCAUUCGUUCACACCCGACGAGUGUUAUGAAUCGCCUGUACAUUGUGGCAUAUUCCUAUUCUGAUGCUUUCGUUACUGUUCUAUCUUCGAAACUCUCAUGUUCUUCCUUCCUUCCUUCGGUGACUGUUUCGACAUCACUGCGCCACUGGUAUUUCGAAUACUGUUGAUGAUUUAUAUUGAUGUCUGUAUUUAUGCUAAUUUUCUUGACGCGCUGUUYCUAAUUUUAUGCGAUAGACUUCAAGGCAUUGACAGCGUUGAUGAAAGAAGUCUCCUUGAAGGUUGUAGAAAAUGGCGGGAUMAUUCGGAGCAUUCAAAACCAUGGAUUGCGAACUUUCCCCCAUCGCUUCAAGGCAAAAUACCCUGAUUAUUUGACGCAACAACGGUAUUACGAGCAGGGGCGCUUUAUAAGUGUAUAUUACGACGCAAAUCCGGCAACACUGAAAAAAGUAGAAAAUAUCUUGAACAUGAACGAUCAAGUCUUGCGGGUCACCCAUUUGAAAUCACGGUCGAAACUCGAUUGGAUCAAUUACAGACACGAUAAAAAUCCAUACGUACAAAAGAUAUUGAAGCAAGAUAAAGAGUUAUGAGAGCAUUGAAACACGAAAGAUGUGGUUGUAGCAGCUGUUGCUCCAUAGGGAAUCAGUGUAGAA